AUGAGGAAGACGGGCGCUCAGAACAUCACUGAACUCGACAAGUCGCAGCACCCGAAGGUGAAAACGGCCAUCCCACAGCAGACGGUCACCAUGGAGAGGCCCCCGUACAACCCCCCCUCCGAGCCGGAGGGCCUUCGCAACCCUGGAACCGCAAGGGCACACAUCGCCGCGACGCCCGCCGCCCCCGGGGGCACCCCAGGCUGGCGCGACGAGCACGCGCACCAGACGGUGCUGCAGCAGCACGUCCUUUUCUUCGACCCCGACGGCGACGGCGUCAUCUGGCCGCUCGACACCUUCUGGUGCUUCUAUGCGCUCGGCUUCAACGUCUUCCUCAGCAUCUUUGCCGUGUUCGUCAUCCAUCCGACGUUCACGUACGUGACGUGCCCCGGCUGGCUGCCCGACCCGUUUCUGAGGGUGUGGACGGGGAGCAUACAUAAGGGCAAGCAUGGGGGCGACACGGGGGCGUAUGAUUCGGAGGGGCGGUUCAUACCGCACAAAUUCGAGGAUUGGUUCUCCAAGUACGGCAAGGGCAAGGACGGCGUUACGCUCGGUGACGUCUUCGAUGCUCAUAAAGGCCAGAGGGUCAUCUUUGAUCCCAUCGGCUGGACCGCAGAGAUGCUCGAAUGGCUUGCGACGUACGUAAUGCUUUGGCCAGAGGACGGUGUCAUGAAGAAAGAGGACUGUCGACGCGUCUAUGAUGGCAGCAUCUUCUACGAUAUCGCGAUGGAGCGCAUCGGUACGACGAACCCAAGGGGACAGUGGAAGAAGAAGCCGAACGAUUGGGCCUGGUAGGCCGCCAGAGAAACGCAUAUAUUCAUCAUAAUUCCUACAAUUUCUCCGCUCUGCCGAAUGUAUAGGAUUCGAGCUACAGAAGAGUAAUUAGUCUGAAUUCUGUGUACAUG